UCGAAUUUACUUUGUCAAAAAAAAGACAUUUGACAUUUAAAUUGUUUUGAAACAACGUUAUUACUUAUUAUUGAUUAGUGCAAAUAAGAUAAAUAAUACACUGCGGAACACUUUGUGAUUACAACUAUUAACCAAACAAUUAAUUAUGUGUAUUUAUGUGCAUCCUGCAUAAUUAAACAUCGUCGCUUUGUUAGCUUAUAGUAAUAACUCUAUAAACAAUAUCCUUAAUUGGCGUCUAACUAGUAAUGAGAAUUCAAUAUUUAAGAAAAUAACGAAAUAUUAAAUAUUUUCCAACUAUCUACCGUCAUCGAUGCUGUGUUGAUCGUGUAUUACCUGAAAAAAAAGAAAUGCCUACUUAUUAUAAAUGGUGUUCUGCUAAGAAAGAAAAACAAAAACAUGAAUAUCCUAGUUUGGAAGUUACUAAUCAUCCAUUACGAGUUGAAGUUCAUAACUUAAAACAUAGUUCAAACAAAAGCUUAAUACAAAGCCUUCAGAAAUGGAGUUCUCCAUUUGAAGAAUUAGACCCAUUGUUAAGAUUUGAACAAAUGAAUUUAGAAAAUAACUCUGAACCAACUGUAGAAAAUGAUGCCACAAUAAAUUACAGCAAAACUUGGAGUGUCAAACGUACAGCUAUUUUAAACAAAUACACAACAGGCGAAAAAUUAACAAUUAUCAGUAGUUAUCUACCGGGUGGCGAAAAAAUUAGUUCUUUUUCAGCUCUUUUGAGACAGGUAUCUAACCUUAAUGAAAAGGUAAAACAUAGAUUGGAACAACUUGAUGAUUUUGAUGAAUCAUCUGUUAGAAAGACAAUGGGAUUAAGCCAACAAGAGUUUGUGACUAAAAUUCAUAUGCUUGAUGAUGAAAUAAAGAAGGCCUGGGAGACUGAACAAAGAGUAAAGGCUUUCAAAAUUGCUAUUCAAUGUUCUAAGUUGCUAUCAGAUAUAAGCGUCAUGCAAUUCUAUCCAAGCAAGUUUGUGUUGAUAAUUGAUGUAUUGGAUAAUUUUGGAGCCUUGGUUUUCGAUCGUCUUAAGAAAAAGAGUUUUGGAGACGAAGUUGUCAAACUGGAGGAUAUUGAUACAGGGCUGGUUCCCGAGUCGGCUAGGGAGACAUGCCAGAACUGGAUGUUUAAAAUGGCUUCAAUCAGAGAGUUACUUCCACGUUUGUACAUGGAAAUGGCCUUAUUGAAAUGUUACAUAUUUAUUUCAAAAGAUGAAAUAAAACCUGCAAUUGCUAGACUGAUAACAAUGAUUAGAGGCAUUGGAAAUCCUCUCGUUGCCAUUUAUGUUCGAGUAUAUUUGUGUAAAGUAGCUUCUGCCUUAUAUGGAAAGGAGAGUGAAUGCUAUUUUCAUGAUAAUCUGAAGGAGUUUCUGGAGGAAUAUCAACAGAUUUUUCAACCAGCCAUGGCUAAAAAGUUUGGUGCUCAGCUAUUGACAGCUGAUAAGUACCUGAGUCUUUAUAUCCCGGCUAUAGAUUGGUUACUUCAUGGAACAUUAAACACCAUUCCCUGUAAACUUACACUGCUGGAGGAACUGUUGCAGUUGUGUGACAAAACCGAAAACAGUGAGCUGCUACUGUAUUGCUUAGUAUCAGGGUUUGACUCUCCAAAUAUUAUAAAAAAGUCAUCAGCUAUUCUGGAUAUUAUAAAAAAAUCAGCAGAACACAUGGUUCUCCUGAGCCCAAUAUUGACUUCGUUCGGAGAGCACCUUUGCCACGCCGACGCUUAUCGUCAGCUUUCUUCUGAAACUCUGAGUCAAACUUGGUGGAAAAUAGUGAACAGUAUGAAGUCGACGGCGAAUUUCCUGCAAGUGUUAGAGCCAUGGAUGCAAUUUGCCUGCACUCAGUUAUCGGCUCAGCAUAUAAAUAUGUUAUUACGUGGUACAAUACGUUAUAUGAUUAAAUGCGGUAAACCGAUUGAUGAUUAUUCAUCGCAAAUACAGUUAGUCGUGAAGAGGAUGUUGAAGUCUAUUCCCGAUGUUGAGGAACUUUUUUUGAUGGACGCCUUCAUGCCACUCGUGGAAUUGGUCCAAACGUCUAAUGCACGCACAAUGAUGGCAAAAACCGUACUCCUCGUGUUCUUCGAAAGAUGCAACUCGGUGCAAAUAGAAGAUCAUAUUAUUAUUGCCAGCCUGAUGAGACUUUGCAGUAUACUCCACGAGGCCAUCAAUGCGGUAACCGUGGAAGACGAGUUAAAAAUAAGUUCAGAUCUAAUUAAUAAGUACAUUCAAACGGUAUCCUACCAAGACGACGCGCGGGAGCAGUUGAAUUUUUACGUCGAGUGUCGAUCUGCAUUUAUUAAACUCGAUUCCGUACUUAAAACUUUAGUGCACGCGGUGCACGCGCUGGCGAGCCGCGCGCGGCCGUCGCGCUCGCGCUGGCUGUCGCGCGCCUGCGCCGCCUACAGCUUCGUGACGGUGCCGUCGCUGCAGUGCGCCCUGUGCCGCGCGCAGCUCUACCUGCUGGGCGCGCACGCUGCGCUGCUGGUCGCCUGCGUCGGACAGGCCGAGGCGAAUUUGAAAGCUUUCGUAAGCUUGAUUCCUGACAUUCCCCUUUAUGUUCAAGAAGACGGACAGAACAAACCUACGCACGUUAAAGUUAAAGGUCUCCUUAGCAAUUUUCUCUCCACUCUUCUCAUUUUACCAGACAAUGUGGAUAGUAGCUGCAAGGCAUAUAUUCUAAGUGGAUUUAUAAAAACUAUGGAACGAAUACAUUGGAGAAAAACUGAUCCCCUGUAUUACACCUUACUGCUCAGGACUUUGGAUCUACUCUGCAAUUUAACGCAAGAAAAAUACAUUUAUCAUAUAGAUGGAGUUAUUUCUAACGACGAGUUAUAUGGUUCAGAAGAAGAGUUCAUAGAUGUCUUAGAAAACCACGCUACAAAUAUUUGCCAAGAAUUGCUCGUUGUAUUGAAAGCGCUCGGCGAUGCAAAGGAAACGAAUAAACAGUACAAUUUAGCAUUGGAAUUGUUUUGGCGGAUUAUUAGGAGGGGCGAUCUUAAGGAAGGUUCUAUGACUAGUUUGGCGAUUAAUUUAUGGGUUUUAUCCCAAAAAUUACAAGAAUCUAACAACAAGUUCGCGAAGACAUUGUUGUCAGCUCUGGAACGGGAUACAAGCGAGAAGGGGCGAUAUCUAUACGAUAAACUGAACGAAACUUAAAUAUUAUAUUAAUACUUAGAUCUUAUUUUAAGUGACUGUAUAAUUUAUUACAUAGAAUAAAUAUUUCUAUUCAUGGUAUACUUUAUUCAUUCCAAUUUGUAUUGUGCUACUUUAAUAUCUUAAUAUAAUAUUUAUAAUGUGUGAGUUGUAUUGUAAUCAUAUACAAUUUUUGGUACCUAAUAA